CCACCUUCUCGCCAAUGACGAUGAUCUGGAGCAUCCCGUUCCAAGGGGGGCUCCGUCGCGAGAGGAAAGCGCCGCGAGGUUAUCUGGAGCGUAGGGAGAGCGGCGAGUUCUAUACAGACGCAUGCGCAGUAAGGUUGCGCUGGCUCAUCUCUGAGAAACACGUCGACCCUCUCCUCCUCGGAUGCUGGGACCGGACUCCCUCACCUGCGGGAUGCUGACCGUGUGACAGCCUGUGGUCAUGCUGCUGGGGGGGUCGACGAGUCAACGUUAAGGUCCGUCGAGUAACGGGAGCAAAGGUCGCGUGUUCUGAAGGGACGAGGGAAGAUGACCCAGCCUAAAGACAGCAUGGCCGCCGUGGUGACCAAGAGGCUCCGCUGCACGGAGUACAUGAAGAAGUUCCGCGAGCCCAAGUGGGAGACGUUCUCCAAGUGCUACGAGGACUCCCUGAGGUACCGGCUGACCCGGCGGGUCAUGGAGCACUCCCACAAGCCCUGGGUGUGGAGCGGCUGGGACCGCGUCUCCGACUCCAGCGGGGGCUCCACGCCGCGGCCGUCCCGCAGAGAGAUCGCCCCGCUCUCCGUGGUCCCUCAGAUGCACUCCGAGGUCAGGGGUCGCGACCGACUGUCCAAAUUUGAGCCGCCCCCUGGGCCCAAGCCCACUUUCAGGGGUGUAGACGCCGAGGUCAAGGCGAGGGAAACGGACACGUCUCUGGCAGGGAGCCGUCCGGGUGUGAGGGCCCGGCGGGGGCCCACAAAGGAGGCCUUGAGCAGCACCGGACCCUCAGAGACCACCGAGACGGACGCUGGGCCAUUGGAUUCCUCCGACCAGGAGCCAACGAGACCUGGGCCCCGGCGCCGCCCCCGCCGGCCCCCGGCCGCCCUUCACCACGGGGGGUCUGGAGACGAGAGCGGGGCGGUCCGCAAGCCCUCCCGGGCCAAGAGCCAGCCCUCCCUUGUCGCCAAGGAGACGCUGCAGCGCUCCGGACGACAUCACUGGCUGGAUGCCAAGCAGCAGGUCCAGGGUAGGGUGACAGCGGACGCCUGUGUCCAGACCACCCGGCGCAGCUCGGACAAGAGGGCAUCGAACCCGGAGCGCCGGCGGGCGCGCUCGGCCGACCUGGAGAAGACCCAGAGGUCUGAGCUGACGGUGGUGGACAGCCAUUGGGUGACGGAGUACAUGCGCUGCUUCUCUGCCCGCCUCCGGUAGGGGGAGGGGCUACUCCGGCCAACACGCUAGAGGAAUCUAGAAGCAACUGGCUGGACCCCCGAAGGUUCUAGGAAGGUUCUAGCCUGAAGUUGCCAGACCGAACGAGUAGGAAUCUGGAAGUUCUCAGUUCGUUUACGAUUUCUAAGGGGUGUAAUCAAACCAUGCGGACCAAAAUGCCUCAGGAAGCCUUAGGGUAGACGACGUCCAACCAAUCAGAGCAACGACACAUGUGACACAUCAGCAGCAGCCAUCUUGGUUGUUUAUGAAAUGCCUCAACGGCGCUCCCAUAGGUUUUUAAUCUGUACAGUCUUCGUAUCCAACACGCCCCAUAUUAGAUAUAUUUUAUUUAAUUGUAUUUAUUGAUCCUUUAUUUAGUGAGAAAGAUCUCAUAUAGAUAUAGAGAAUAUAGAGAAUGCUCUCUUCUUCUUGGGAGUCCUGGUCAAGACGACAGCACAAUAGUUACGCAGAGAAAAUAACUGUUUCACUACGUUGAUAAGCGGUUGUGAUUAACCCGCCCCUGGCCAGGUCUGCUGGACACCUGUCUGAACGGGAUGCGGGCCAGACGCAUAGGCAAGGGCAAAUGAAUCAUGGGCUUGCAGAGUCGUCUGCUUCUCAGGGUAGGACAAUUCAAGAAGAUUCUGGCAGAAUACAAUAAUCUAGGAAACUUGGGUCUUGAGACAAUCCUGAACACGUGACUCACAUUCUGUUUGGUUAAAAGGAUCAGUAUAGAUCUCUAAAUCGAUCUUAUGAAAUAACAAUGUAAUCUGGGCAUUAUCAUUAACAUUAACAUAAGUAAAGUAAACACAGCAAUGAGUCCAGAUAUUAGAGAAAUAGGAAUCCAAGAGUAUCCACGAGCACUAGCGGAGGAUACAUUUACGCCGUUCUAAUCAGCACACCCUAUCGGUGUCACAUGUUUUGUAACGCUGAUUGGCUGAGGGGUUUCUCUGUCAAAUACUCCCACCCACUGAUAAUUGGUCACAUGAGCAAGAGGGUUUCCAGGCUAAGGGAACUCUUGAAUAUUCUCUGAGAUUCUGGAAUAUUCUGGUAGCUUAUUGGAGAUACUGAAAGAUUCAAUAAUAAUCUAGAAGUGGGAAAGAACUCCAAAUAGUCUGCUGGCUUCAGGGGCUAUAAGAUCUUGAUCUAUAAGCACUCUAUAAGAAAUGUAUAUGAAACAUCAGGGGCAAAACACCACAAAGUAUUUUAGUAUCUCUAUCUUGUUUAGAAUUUAAUGAUUCUUUGUUUCUGAACAAGAACCCUCCGUUACUGAUGCAUUAUAUCAUGUAGGCAGCUGCAUGUGCUCUGAAAUUAGAGGAAAUGUUUAAUUGAAGAUAAAUAGAGGACCAAAUAGUGAAAUAUUUUUGAUAUACAUUUUACUAUUUUAAAGAUAUUGAUUUUAUGCCCUAUUGUCUGAUCUAGGAAAGGAUUAAAAACAGGCAUAAUUAAACAAAUACUUAAAUUAUUUAGUAUUGAAAAUAUGGCAAUUUUGCCUUUUAUUGUUGUCAGAGAAAAUAGUAUUAUGAAUAGUCUAAAGAUCGAAUAAAAAAGAGAGGGGGAGAAAGGUAGAGCAUUCAACACGACCGCCGCCCUGUUUAUGUUCUGGCUUAGAACUUUUACCCACCUUUUAAAAAUAUUGAAAAGCUUUUUAAUAUUCUUUCAUGAUUCCAGAAUGUAUUUUCUCUCAGAGGGGAGUACGAGAAGGUAAGGUAUAGCUUUAAUUUAGGACAUCUGUUUGGUCAGAUUUAAAGCUGAAAUUUGUUCAUUUCGAAACAUGAAAUUCCCAUAUGACAUGGUUGUCAGUUAUGUCUUUGUAUGUAGUGGUUGUGGAAUGCUGUGGGUCUUGUAUUGAUAGUGAGGACCAUGAAGAGUGAAGUUUUGCUGGUAUUAUGGAUUUGUUAUUGUUCUGAUGACGAUUAGCGUGAUGAUGUUACAGCGUGUUAAGCUAAACUUUAGUUGAACUACUUUUGAUGAUUGUUCUCUUGACUGAUUGUAUCUCCAAAGAGGGCUAACGUACAAGUACAAUAAGUAAUGGCUCGUUCUGGCUAAUGUGUAUUCAUUUACUUACAUUAUCUCUUUUAGUCUGAAGCUCAACCAUAAAUAUAUUAUUUACGCAGAGGUAGAGAAUGUGGAGGAAGAGGAGUGUGUUUCUGUUUAUUUUUAAUAAUUGUUAUAGUUGUAAUGCGUGUACAAUCUUAAGUGAACUCCGGCCUGUCUUUCACAUGCACUCCUUCACGUGCACUCUGUCAGGUGCACUCCCUCACGUGCGCUCUCUUACUUGCAAGAUGUCAGUAAAUGUAAAUCCAUUUAAAAUGGCUAAAUUAUAAGAAAAUAUGUUUUCUGACCAUCUUCACUGGUCAUCAACCAAAUGAAAAGUGGAUACUUUUUAACCUAUUCUGUCAUGUGGUCAUAAAGCUUGUCACAGGCUACAUGGUAUUCAAAUGAUACCAUGUUAUCACCACUAGUUACACAUGGUUAUACAUGGUACUACAUUUACAUUAAUACUCUUACUAUACCAAUGCCGCUCAGGUUAAAUUAACCAUAAGUACAACACAAUUAUCAAUAAAACACAGAUUGGUUUGUGUUAUGCAUUCCGGACCUGAAAUCGUGUAAAAAUGAUACUUUUCCCAUUCCUUUAAAACAAAUGUUAAAAGUUGUUUGACGUUUUUAAAACAAUUUAAAGCUACAGGAUUUCCAUGAAUGAACUGCAACUAAAUUCACAACUUAAAGUCUAUUGAUGUCAGCUACUUUUAAUUAGAUGAAUAUAGCGUAGUCAGUGUUGAUAAAUUAAAUUAAAUAAAGUUUUUGUACUGCUUAAGAAACUAUGAAAAAGGUGUGUCAUACAAAAACCAUGCACCAUGACUGUUCUCCACUGAAGUUUACAUUUUGACCACUGUAUUCAUAUUUCAAACCCUGUUUCUAACUUUAUUAGUAUGUCAAACAAUGUAUUAAUAUUUUAAACGCUAUAUUUUCAUUCCUUAUGAAGCACUUCUGUGAUUUAUUAAACCAUAUUUGAAUUAUGA